AUGACGGGUCAAUCGAAACCCAUGCGUCUGUCCCCCUGGCAGAGCGCUGUGGCGGGUGCAACGGGUGCUGUACUUGCCAAUGCCGUGGUCUAUCCGCUUGAUCUUGUUAAGACGAAACUCCAAGUCCAAGUCAAAAACGAGAGCUCAGACGAUACGGUUCAAUAUAAGUCGACCAUGGACGCCAUCAAUAAGAUCGUGGAUAGCGAAGGUGUCAGCGGUCUCUAUUCUGGAAUUGCUGGAUCGCUUCUGGGUGUCGCAUCGACCAACUUCGCCUACUUCUACUGGUACACCAUCGUGAGAACCAUCUACAUGGCAUCGGAUAAGGUACCCAAGCCCCCGGGAACCGCUGCUGAGCUCAGUCUUGGUGCUGUGGCGGGUGCUAUUGCCCAAAUUUUCACCAUCCCCGUCUCUGUUAUCACCACCAGGCAACAGACCCAGCCCAAGGAGGACAAGAGAGGUUUCUGGGAGACUGGCAAGGAAGUCGUGGACAGUGAGGAUGGUGUUUCUGGUCUCUGGAGAGGCCUCAAGGCCAGUUUGAUCCUGGUUGUCAACCCGGCGAUUACGUAUGGUGCUUAUCAGCGCCUGAAGGACAUUCUCUUCGCUGGAAAGAACAACCUCAAGCCCUGGGAGGCUUUCCUCCUUGGUGCACUGUCCAAGUCACUAGCAACCAUUGCAACCCAGCCAUUGAUUGUCGCCAAGGUUGGCCUUCAGUCUCGCCCUCCUCCGGGCCGGGAGGGCAAGCCAUUCAAGAGCUUCGGUGAAGUAAUGCGCUAUAUUCUCGACAAAGAAGGGCCAAUUGGACUCUUCAAGGGCAUUGGGCCCCAGAUCACGAAGGGUCUCUUGGUCCAGGGUCUUUUGAUGAUGACCAAGGAGAGAAUGGAGCUCUUCUUUAUUAUGUUCUUUGCCUACCUGCGCAAUCUCAAGGAGAAGAAGCUACAGAAGACUAUUGACAGCGCCGCGUCUACGGCCAAGACAAGCCUUCCGGCAACACUGAAAUAG